GAGUACUAUUAUUUUCUCCCCUUUCUUCUUUCCCCCACCCCCACCACCAUGGCUGCUCUCACUGAAUUCUUCUCCCACCUCUACACCAUGACCGUCGUCUUCUUCACCCUCUUACUCCUCGAAGUUGCUAUCCUCAUCAGGUCCCUUACCGGUGGCCUUUCCGAUUCCGAGAAACGCCUCAUCACAACUACCCAGUACCUGAAAUUCAUUGAAGAAAAGAACCCAACAAUCAUAUACUCCACAAGAUCAUCAUCCAGGGUGGAUCUGUCAUCGAACGAGUGCACCGUGUGUUUAUCUGAGCUAGAAGAAGGUGAGAAGGUGAGGAAACUGAAAUGUAAACACACUUUCCACAAGGAUUGCCUUGAUAGAUGGCUCCAACAGUAUUGGGCAACUUGCCCACUUUGUAGGACCAAAGUGUUGCCAGAUGAGGUUGUGGCUAAUUAUCACAGGCUCCAAAAUCAGGUAGAGUAUGAUGGAAGUGAUGAAGAGAUGAUUUUCUUAUUAUCUGCACUACAUGAUAAUAGCUUACACAGAUUGUUCUGAAGUACUAUACUUUUAUAUUUUUUUUCCUUCUCUGGGUAAAUUUUGAUGUAGAUUUUUAGUUGAUCUAUGUAUAUAUAUAUGAUUCCUGUAUUAGCUAUGGGGUUUCAAAUACUUCUCUGUAUUGUGUUUUCUGGGCUAAUUAAUAAUAAGUUUCUGGCCCCCAACUACAACAAAUUCCUUGAAUACCUUGUUUUGGGUAUAAAAUAAAAAAGUUUCUCAAA